AUGCGGUCGUUACUGGUUGUUGUUGCGCCCCUGCUGCUGCUCCUGCUGCUGCUGUCUGACUCUGUUGCUGGUGAUUGUGGUGAGGAUGGGGUCUAUGACUACAUCAUCGUGGGAGGAGGCACGGCAGGGAACGUGGUCGCGGCGCGGCUGGCGCAGGCCCGGCGAAGGGUCUUGCUUGUCGAGGCCGGCGGGAUCUACGAGGUCGACAACGCCAACCUCUCGACGCCUGUCGGGUUCGGCGCCGUGACCGGUGGGAGCCCGGAGACCAUCGACCCGCGCGUCGACUGGGGCGUCAUUACUACGCCUCAGCCCGGCGCCAACAAUCGACAGGUGCACUAUGCGCGCGGGCGCUGUCUGGGUGGAUCGUCGGCGAUGAAUGCCAUGGUCUAUCAGAGAGGGACAAAGUCGACGUAUCAUGCCUGGGCUGAGGCCGUUCAAGACCCGAGCUAUGAAUGGGACGAGAUCCUGCCGUUCUUCAAACGGACCUUCCAUUUCACGCCGCCGAGUCCAGUCAAGGGCCUGCAGAAUACGACAAUCCACUGGAACGCCAGUGCGUUUGACCCCGAGAACCCCGUCGAGGGCUCCGUCCAAAUCUCGUACACUAACUAUCGGUCGCCCUUUUCCACGUGGCUCAAACUAGGCCUGGAGGAGGCCGGAAUAGAAGAGACGAAUGACUUCGUCAGUGGCACUCUGAUGGGCACGCAGUGGAGUGCAUCGGAGAUCUCCCCCAUGGACCAGCGACGGAGCAGCUCGGACUAUGUUCUGGGCACUGCCGACGAAAAACCGUACUUGACGGUCUGCACCCGAUCCCAGGCGCGGCGCAUCUUGUUCGAUGAACAUAAUAGAGCAAAGGGCGUGGAGGUCGGAACCAAUGGGAGAGUGUGGAGGCCUCAGGCAGCUGAAGAGGUGAUUGUAUGUGCUGGGGCGUUCAAUUCGCCGCAAUUGCUCAUGGUGUCCGGCGUUGGGCCUCGCGAUCAACUCGAAAGCCUCGGCAUUCCCGUGCUGCAGAACCUCCCCGGCGUCGGCCAGAAUAUGUGGGAUCAUGUCUUUUUCGCUCCAUCCUAUCCGGUCGCAGUCGACACCUUAACCAAGGUUUUCACCAAUACUACGUAUAUGACUGCCCAGACCCUGAGAUAUCAGACCUCGCAUGACGGACCGAUGGCUUAUGCUCCCGAUCUCCUCGCUUGGGAGAAUCUCCCAGAGCACUAUCUGGCCAAUCUUUCCUCCGCAACGCGCGAAGAGUUGAGCAAGUUCCCAACUGACUGGCCACAGGCUGAGUAUAUCUCAUUCAACGCGCACGUCGGCGCAUAUAACAAUCUCGCACAGGAUCAACCCCGAGAUGGACGACAGUACGCAUCCAUAUUCGGGGCGCUCGUCGCGCCGACAUCUCGUGGAAACGUCACGCUCGUCUCUAACUCCACCGAUGAUUUGCCGGUCGUCAACCCAAAUUGGCUCACAAGUCAGACGGAUACUGAAGUGGCGCUAGCAAUCUUCAAACGCACAAGAGAGAUCUGGGCCAGUGGUCCCCUGCAGUCCAUCACGACUGGUCCGGAGUAUUAUCCGGGAGCGAACGUGACAACCGACGAGCAAAUCCUGGACGCCAUUCGCAACUCUGUUAUCACCGUGUGGCACGCAGCCUGUACAUGUAAGAUGGGGCUUCGGGAAGAUCCGAUGGCAGUGGUGGAUAGCGAAGCACGGGUCUUCGGCGUCCAGGGACUGCGUGUGGUCGAUGCGAGCGCAUUCCCUCUUCUGCCCCCUGGCCAUCCCACCAGUACAGUCUAUAUGCUGGCCGAGAAAAUCAGUGCUGCUAUCCUUGCGCAGUAG